GUUUACUACUUUUCCAAAACAUGUGCUGAGGACAAGAAGUCAAAUUUUCCACGAAUACUCUUUUUAUGCAUUAAGAAUCGUGACAUCUGACGCUAUGAAUACUUCACCAUACUUUUCAAGUUCAAAAGUAACUAGAACAAAACUAAUGACAAAUCAGGAAAAUGAAAUUAAAAUUGAACCCAAUUCAGCCCAAGGAAGCUCAUCUUCCCAGUGUGUUUCACACUCACAGGCGCGUACAGCAAGUCUCGCAAGUAAAGUUCUCAGAAAGAGACAGCAUAUUAAAAUCAAAGAUGAAGUUGAAACAGAUAAUGUUUGUAAUGUUGAAUCAACGAAAGAAGAAAAUGGAAAAGUCCUGGACUUGAAAAAUGAAAAGAAAUGGGAACCUGAGAUGUGGCGAGAUCAGCUUGCAAACAUAAAUUCCAUGAGGAAGUUCAGAGAUGCUCCAGUGGACACGAUGGGCUGUGAUGUUAUCUGUGAUGAAAAGGCAGCUCCUGAGGUAUAUAGAUACCAGGUUCUGCUGUCUCUGAUGCUUUCAAGCCAGACAAAGGACCAAGUGACAUCCGCUGCUAUGGCUCGCCUACGAGAACACGGCUGUAAUAUUGACAACAUUCUUGCUACUUCAGACCAGCGCCUUGGAGAACUUAUAUUUCCUGUAGGAUUUGGGAAGCGUAAGGUUGACUUCAUCAAGCGAACCAGCAUGAUCCUGAAGGAAGAGUAUGGCAAAGACAUUCCUGACACAGUAGAGAAACUGUGUAAACUUCCGGGUGUUGGACCCAAAAUGGCGUACCUGGUCAUGAAGUGUGCCUGGAACCAGGUGGAUGGUAUAGGUGUGGACACUCAUGUACAUAGGAUUUCUAACAGACUGGGCUGGGUGAAAAAGCCAACCAAACAACCUGAAGACACUCGCAAAGCUCUCGAGGCCUGGCUGCCAAGGGAGCACUGGAAUGAUAUCAAUCAUCUGCUGGUUGGGUUUGGGCAGCAGACCUGCCGUCCAGUUGGGCCAAAAUGCGGCCAGUGUCUCAAUGUGAACAUAUGUCCUACAGGCCGGUCCAAUACACGCUACCAGAAGGUGAAAAAGGAGGUAAAAAAGGAACAGUCCACUGAUUGUGUGAAAAUGGAACAGUUUUCUGAAGAUGUGAAAAUAGAACAACAUGGUGUUGGUGUAAAAGUGGCACAUUCUAUUCAGGCGGUGAAAACAGAGACUGCUGAUGAAGAGUUUUGGCCUGCAAUUAAGAAAGAUCAAGUUAAAAUGGAACAGUCCAGGGAUGGAAAAGAAAGAUCUGAAAAUUCAGUAAGCCAACCCAAGAAGCCUAAAAGAAAUGUAAAGAAAGAAAAGUGAAAAAAGUUAUGUAUGUGUUUUUUGCAAAACAAAUAAUGGGAACCAUUUAUACCACCAUAUGUUCCAGUAAAUUGUGCGUGACUUUAUUUCAAAUCAUUGACUAAAAGUCCUGUAGUAUAGUCUUUUAUAGUUUCUUCUUGAUGUUUUAGUUGGCUGUUUUGUUUUGAUAAAUUACAGUUUUUAUGAGACAUAUUUGCUUUUUAACUACCAUGUACAUUAGUUUGUAUCAGUUAUUAUAUUCAAUGUAAAACAAUGACUUGAAUUGA